CGUGUGUCAAGAGAUUGGUAUGCAACUCCGAGCAGCAUAUACCUUGGUGUUGACCUUAAGGAAGAGCUACAUGUAAUGGAACUAUGACGUAAAUCAAAGGGACGAAAAGGUGUGACAAAUCACUAUGUCCAACAAUAUGACUGAACUGGCGGAAACUGCCGCAUACCCAGAUCCAGACGACACGGGGAGAAUAGCUAAUUCACCCAAAGAAGAAAAAUCCAAGAAGACCGAUGACACCACUGACACUUAUUUUGGUGACAAGAUUAAGAUACCUGACGAUGGCAGUAAUAGUUGCUUCAGUUUUCGGAAGUUGUGGGCGUUCACGGGACCAGGGUUUCUCAUGAGUAUUGCCUAUCUGGAUCCCGGUAAUAUCGAGUCGGAUUUACAAUCGGGGGCCAUUGCUGGAUUUAAGAUAUUAUGGAUCUUACUAACUGCCACAGUCCUUGGGUUGCUGAUGCAGAGAUUGGCCGCAAGGCUAGGUGUCGUGACGGGGAUGCACUUGGCCGAGAUGUGCAAUCGUCAGUAUCCAAAGAUUCCUCGGUUGAUUCUAUGGGUGAUGAUAGAGAUUGCUAUCAUAGGUUCUGACAUGCAGGAAGUGAUCGGGACGGCCAUAGCUUUCUACCUUCUCUCAGACGGAAAGAUCCCGCUGUAUGGCGGCGUUUUGAUCACGAUAGCCGACACGUUUACCUUCCUCCUGCUUGACAAGUACGGUCUGAGGAAGCUGGAGGUGUUCUUUGGUAUCCUCAUCACUCUCAUGGCUGUCAUGUUCGGAUAUGAGUAUGUAGCUGUUGCGCCCAACCAGGGUGAACUCCUCAAAGGCAUGUUCUUCCCGUACUGCGAGAACUGCGGCUCGAAGCAACUGCUGCAGGCCGUUGGCAUCGUUGGCGCUGUCAUCAUGCCUCACAAUAUCUACUUGCACUCAGCUUUGGUCAAGUCCCGGGACGUGGAUCGUACUAGGAAGGAUAAGGUGUCCGAGGCGAACAAAUACUUCUUCAUCGAGGCCUCCAUAGCUCUCUUCGUCUCGUUCAUCAUCAACGUGUUCGUGGUGUCAGUCUUCGCUGAGGGAUUCUACAACACAAACUCAACAGAAAUUUAUGAACGAUGUGCAGCACAGGGUAACCCUCAUGCCGAAAUAUUCAAUACAACCAGUAAUGAUGUCGAUCUAUUCCGAGGUGGCGUUUUUCUCGGGUGUAAAUUUGGAGCAGUUUGUAUGUAUAUAUGGGCUGUAGGUAUCUUAGCCGCUGGACAGAGCUCCACCAUGACCGGUACAUAUGCUGGGCAGUUUGCCAUGGAAGGUUUUCUAAACCUCAAAUGGAAGAGAUGGCAGCGCGUCCUACUGACUCGAUCAAUCGCCAUCUUACCCGCCAUCUUGGUCGCCAUCUUUGAAGGCAUUGAGGACCUGACGGUACUCAAUGAUCUUCUGAACGUCUUGAUGAGUUUCACGCUGCCUUUUGCUCUUAUACCCAUCUUCACCUUUACCAGUGUCGAGAGUAUUAUGGGAGACUUCAAAAAUGGCAUUGCCACAAAAAUAGUGACUGGUCUCCUGUCCGUGCUGGUGAUAGGAAUCAACCUCUCAUUCGUCGCUACCUACAUAGAACAACUGCCACUCAAACAUUGGGCGAUAUACCUCGGGAUUGCGGUGGUGCUCGUGUUUUACACAUCCUUUAUUCUUUACUUGGCACUCUACUUAUUGCACAGUCUUGGAUUAAGCUGUCUCAGUAGUAUACCACUCCUCUCCAAAUGGUUGCCAAAACCUUAUGCGUUGGAGAGCUUAUUAGAGGACGCAGAACCCAUGGCCGCUGAUGAAGACUCCCUGGCCGAGGAGCAAGAUGCUGGGAUCGGUACAGUCAGCCUUUCGUUCAUGCCAGUCGAUCAGACACAUGCAUAAAGUAUGGAAUAAAUAUUAAGUUGGAAUUUAUACUUGA